CGAGCAGCCAUGGCGGCGAGCGGGUCGGAGGGGCGUCCGCAGCGGCGGCUCUCCGCGCUCUUAGCGUACCGCCAGGCGGCAGAAGCCCAGCAGCUGGAGCGGCGGCGCCGCCGCCGCCGCAGGACGCCGUUGCCCGUGGGCGGGAAGCGGGCAAAGGCGCGGCCGAGACGCGACGGCCCAGGAAGCGGCGACCCCCAGCCGCAGGCCCUGCUGCAGCCACCACCGAGUGCCACUGCGCCCCUUGACCGCGUGGAGCGGGUCGAGGCUCGGCCGAGGCGCGGCCCGGAGCCGGAGGCCGCGCCGCAGCCACCGCCGAGCGCCGCUGCUCCCCAGGGCCGCGUGGAGCAGGCUAAGGAGGCGGCCGGAAGCCCUAAAUCGAAGGGGCACGGCGGCCCCGCGGCGCGCCCGAGCGGCCCGCGGCCGGCGGUAGCAAGCGGCGGCGUAGUGGGACUGCUACGGCAGCUGGGGCGGCUGGAGGACAGCCGGCAGCGGGCGGCCGAGCUGUUCCGGUGGCUCGUGGCCCCGGUGCCGCCGGAGGAGUUCCUGGGGCGGCACUGGGAGCGUGAACCACUGCUGGUGCGGCGGGGCGAUCCCAGUUACUACGCGGGGCUCUUCUCCACGGCCGACUUCGACGCUGCCCUGCGGGACAGCGAGGUGCACUUUGGAACCCACCUGGACGUGACCAGCUACGCCGAGGGGGUACGGGAGACGCACAAUCCGUCCGGUCGGGCCCUGCCCGCCGUCGUCUGGGAUUUUUAUCAGAAUGGCUGUUCCCUGCGGCUCCUCUGCCCCCAGGCCUUUUCCCCCACCGUCUGGCACUUCCUCUCCAUCCUGCAGGAGCACUUCGGCAGUAUGGCAGGGGCCAACACAUAUCUCACGCCACCAGGGACGCAGGGCUUUGCACCCCACUACGAUGACAUCGAGGCCUUCGUGCUGCAGCUAGAGGGGAAGAAGCACUGGCGUGUCUAUAGACCCCGGAGAGACACUGAGGUGCUGCCGCAGUUCUCCAGCGCAAACCUCACACAGGCUGAGCUUGGCGAGCCCAUGCUGGAGACGGUGCUGGAGGCUGGAGACCUGCUGUACUUUCCCCGUGGCUUUAUCCAUCAGGGAGACUGUCUCCCUGAUGUGCACUCACUCCAUAUCACAGUAUCCUCCUACCAGAGGAACUCCUGGGGAGACCUCCUGGAGAAGCUCCUCCCAGCUGCUCUGCAGAUGGCCUUGGAGGAGGAUGUGGAGUAUCGACAAGGGCUUCCCAUGGACUACCUGAGGUACAUGGGGGUUGCCAACUCCGACACAGUCAAUGCAUGCCGAACGGCCUUUAUGGAGAAAGUGCAGAGUCUGAUAAAGAAACUCGUUGACUAUGCCCCCAUUGAUGCUGCUGUGGAUCAGAGAGCCAAGUCAUUUCUCCAUGACUGUCUUCCCCCGAUGCUUACACAGAGUGAGAAGUCACUGAGUGUGUAUGGCUUCCCAGCCCGGUGGCAGGAUGGAGGCCCCUGCAAUGUCAGUAUCCCAAUAACGAAGGACACGGAGGUGCGUCUCCUCCGCCAUGGCAUUGUUAGAUUGUGUAAUGAGGAAGCAGGUGUGAUGCUGUAUUACACAACAGAAAAUUCCAGAGUGUAUCACAAGGAAGAACCCAAGUUCUUUGAGAUAGAUCCUGAGCAUACAGACAGUAUUGAGCUUCUUCUGUCUUCCUAUCCAAACCACAUACGUGUGGAUACUCUUCCAUGUGAAACCUUGGAGGACAAGAUUUCUCUAGCCAUGCUCCUGUUUGAGAAGGGCAUUCUGACCACAAAGAAGCCUCUGGUGCAAGUGUAACUCUUAUUUUCUAACAAAAUAAAUAUCUAUUUGUUAAGAGAUCUUUCUGUCUUGUCCUUGCUUUACACUUCUUAGCUGCACAUCAGUUUCUGCAUCACAGUAUCUCAUCUAGGGGCACAGUGGCUUUGGUGUUGGUA